UAAGGUGAUGCGUUUCUAUGAUCUUACAGUCCUCUUGUCGAAGAUGAGAAUAGGACAGAGGUGUCGAAUCUAACUCUUAGGGAUGCUCUUCACGUCGACAUCUCACGAGUCGAUACUGUAGUGAUUCAACUUGUCACAGUUUUACAACAGCCAUAUACUACAUGAACAUUUGGGCAUAGGCUACGAGGAGCGCUGACUUUAAUGACCACUUUCUCUGCUCUGUCUGCUCAGCCGCGGUUUACUCUAUUCAGCGGUGAUAUUUUCCUAGGUUUCUUUCUUCUGUCUCAAUCUCAACGCUUUCGAUUGGAGCACCACCAAUGCCGAUCAUUUUUUUUGUCUGCUGAUUUCCAUUUGCGCUGGGAGCGCGAGGAAAUACGCUACACAGCAAGGUUAUAACGAACAAGCCGCCCAGUACAGGAAUUAUAGGGCGACUACCCGAGUGUCAGGAAUACGGUCUACAUUCGCUGAUGGACUAACCGAACCAACUGCAGCCACAAGCCUAACAGUGGAGCCAAAACCGGGAGGGGAGAAAGAACAGCUUCAAUUCCCUGACGGUUAUUUCUCAAAGCACCCCCGGGACAGGAAAUCUGACCACUUCUAAAUGUGGAAAACUGCUUUGUGACGGUUACACAUGCUUUUGUUUUGCGCGGUAUGGGUGUAAGGACCGUAUUUUAAAGAUAUCCAGCAGAUACCAGGCAGUCACAAUACAACCUAUCAAACUCCGUCCAACCGGGCGCUGGUGGUAUAUGGCUGCAUGCCUUAUCAGAACAUAUAUUUUUGUCGUUUCUUUGGACGUAUUUUGAGAUUAUUUUAAGCAGAUUUGGAUACUUUGUUUUUGCGUUGCAUGUGAAUUGAAAGGAGCCUGGAAUUGGCCUUUAUAUGACUUUUCUAUCCUAUAUGAAGGAGUUGGAUAGCGGAACGAGAGGAGAGCGACACAAACAAACAACGGGGACUCAACACUAUUCAUAUUGAGAUCAUUUCGUUGUGAUUUUAGUAGACAUUAUUAACUCAUAUUUUAGUCUAUGCCUUAAAUCCAUUUUAUAGUUCGUAUUAAAUAGUUAUUAAUGUAACGUUUUGUUUUGGACACUUUUCCAUGCGGGGAUCGGUCAUAUGGUGAAACUGGAGGGGUUAACACAACUGUUAGGGGUUCAGUCAAGCAGUGACAGAAAUAAACUCAUCAUUAUCACCCAAGUCUGCCCGCGACCCUUCGGUGACUCACGUGCCAGCCUCGGUGAUGGUCGGAAUAGAGAUCUAACAAGACAGCAACCCUGCUGAUGCGACCAGGUACAUUUCAAAUAUCUGUGAAGGCUGUUGAUGGAGAGGAUUUCGAAUGACAGCCGGGACAGUGGUCAUCACAGGCGGUAUUUUAGCUACAGUUAUUUUACUGUGCAUCAUCGCAGUACUGUGUUACUGUAGACUGCAGUAUUAUUGCUGUAAGAAGGAGGAGUUGGAGUCGGAGGAGGAGGAGCCCGACUUUGCAGUGACGUCCCGCCUCCCGCCAGUCCACUCCAACCAUAACAUCGUGGCGGCGUCAGUCGCCGCCUCCACCCCUAACGGCCCCGCCCUCUUCACACCGCCUUUAGCGCGGAAACUAACGCGCUCGCAGACAUUUUGCCCUUCGUGCACACACCAUGAUGUGCCCUUCUACCUGCAGCAUCCGGACGGCCUGCGGAACGGCGGCGACCGCAUCAGCUACCGUAGCAUCCAACAGCAUGACCUGGAACUGCCCUUAGAAAUGCCCAGCUACCACAAACUGAACCUGACCCGGUCAGUCACCAUGAGGGACAUGUUCAACCGCAGCUGCAGCAUCAGCACUGACGUCUAGUGGUGUCGGCGACACCCCGUGGCAUGGAGGGCUCAUGGAAACGGAUAGAUAAAUACAAUGGGGACAGAUAGUGGGACUGCAGCUCGACAACCACAGCUCCAUGUCCCUCGGUCUUACGCUGAGAUAUAACCGCACAUUAACUGGUGAAAAUAUAAGCAUUAAAAAAAUCCAUCCUCUCCUCAUCCGCUUGGUCUGUGGUGAGUAGGAUGUUGACCCUCAAAUAAAACCGUUUCUAUUCUGUCUGGACUCGUAUUGGAUUACCCUAAACCUAAACGGUCUAACUAAACCACCCUCCGGUCUAACUAAAUGACCCUCCGGUCUAACGAAACCACCCUCCGGUCUAACUAAACCACCCUCUGGUCUAACGAAACCACCCUCCCGUCUAACUAAAUUACCCUCCGGUCUAACUAAACCAUCCUCUGGUCUAACGAAACCACCCUCCGGUCUAACUAAACCACCCUCCGGUCUAACUAAAUGACCCUCCCGUCUAACGAAACCACCCUCCGGUCUAACUAAACCACCCUCCAGUCUAACUAAACCACCCUCGGGUCUAACUAAACCACCCUCCGGUCUAACUAAACCACCCUCCAGUCUAACUAAAUUACCCUCCGGUCUAACUAAAUUACCCUCCCGUCUAACUAAACCACCCUCUGGUCUAACUAAACCACCCUCCGGUCUAACUAAACCACCCUCCGGUCUAACUAAACCACCCUCUGGUCUAACGAAACCACCCUCUGGUCUAACUAAAUGACCCUCCAGUCUAACUAAACCACCCUCCAGUCAAACUAAAUGACCCUCUGGUCUAACUAAAUGACCCUCCGGUCUAACUAAACCACCCUCUGGUCUAACUAAAUGACCCUCCAGUCUAACUAAAUCCCCUCCGGUCUAACUAAAUUCCCUCCGGUCUAACUAAAUCCCCUCCGGUCUAACUAAAUGACCCUCCAGUCUAACUAAAUCCCCUCCGUUCUAACUAAAUUCCCUCCGGUCUAACUAAAUCCCCUCCGGUCUAACUAAAUGACCCUCCGGUCUAACUAAACCACCCUCUGGUCUAACUAAAUGACCCUCCAGUCUAACUAAAUCCCCUCCGGUCUAAUUCCACCACAUCAACUGUACCUUUGAAUAAUAAAUACCAGCCUUUCUGUAGUUGCUGCUAAAUAAACCAAGAAACCAUGGUGAUAAGGAUAAAUAAGAGGGCUAUGGAGCCACCUCCCACUACUGCCACUCUCCACCAAUCCCCAGCCUGAUCACCAGAAAGGGGACGGAGCAGAUCAAAUCCGAAGUUAUGGUCCAAGUUAUAGAGUAUGCCAUCCAUCACAUCAUGGUUUGGAAUAGGAGGAGUGAUGGAAGAGAGGGGAGCAACAUGUUAUAGACCAUAAAAACAUAGGACAUUAAGGGCUUCUAGUGGAUUAUGGGGAAUGGAUUACUCUGCUCUUUUUCCACAUGAUCUUAGAGAGAGAGAGAGAGAGAGAGAGAGAGAGAGAGAGAGAGAGAGAGAGAGAGAGAGAGAGAGAGAGAGAGACCUUUUACUAAGAGAACAUUGGAGACUAGCUGCUUCUUAAGGAAGACCAACCAGGGUGAUGGCUUGAUCUUGUCUUGUACAUACAGCUGCAGAUUAUGAUUCUGUUCUUAAUGUCCGUGUGUUAUGAGGGUGAGACGUGUGUCCCCCUAGUGUGUGUCUUACAUACCAACGAAAUUAUGUAUAAAAAUCAUUCUAGCCAGCGUUGUACACGACAUGUUAUCCUACUUUUCAAACUAACUGGACUGCAAUAACAGUAGAAGGACAUUAAAGCGUGGGCUUUUCAGUUAUGUUAUUUAUUAAUGUGCCAAUUUACCAAACAGUGUGUAGAGUUGGCUUAACUCGUUGGGAUAAACAAGCUAUGAGGUUUUUGAAAAGUUGUUUUCCCUUUUUUAGGUUUUACUUCAGUCGUUACUGUAAACUGUCUAUUCUAAUUAGGUCUGAUGAGAAAACAUACUGAUGACAAAAACUAAAUAAACAACCUUCAUAUUUUAUACACUUUAGCUUUACAAUGUAAUUUAUGGUAAUCUUGUUCACUGGAGUUUCAAAUCGUGGUCUUUUCACCUGAUUCCUUGUGUCUAAAAUCUGAGAUCCACGGGCUAAUAAAGCUCAACAAUAUUUUGUGGCUUUUCUUCAUCCAAUUGGUUUGGACUUGGCCUAGCUCCUUCCACACACCUUGCUGGACUAAGAGGAUGUACUAACUCUGCACUCCAUUGAGCGGCCUGGAAGAGUCUGGUCGUUCUUUCUGGGUUCUGCUAGCAGCACCGGAGGAGAGAAGGCAUCAGCUGUGCUGUGUGUACAGUAUAGUCAGGAUGGGGAAGGAGAGACUCUGUGGUUGUGUUUUCAUGCCCACGGGGUACUCUUUCAAUCAGAUUAUUUACUGCUAAGAUUAAAUCGGAGGGAAUGUGCAGUGGGGGCUGGAAUCUGAUUGUUAUUGUCAUUGGAUGCAUUGCCUCUGUUCUCUCGUUUAUUUGACCACCCCUGGUUUACCAGCAAACACCUAUGUUUUCUUUGGUUUGUUUAUUCCAUCCCUGGUUUACCAGCAAACACCUAUGUUUUCUUUGGUUUGUUUAUUCCAUCCCUGGUUUACCAGCAAACACUGUUGUUUUCUUUGGUUUGUUUAAUCCAUCCCUGGUUUACCAGCAAACACUGUUGUUUUCUUUGGUUUGUUUAAUCCAUCCCUGGUUUACCAGCAAACACUUUUGUUUUCUUUGGUUUGUUUAUUCCAUCCCUGGUUUACCAGCAAACACCUAUGUUUUCUUUGGUUUGUUUAUUCCAUCCCUGGUUUACCAGCAAACACUGUUGUUUUCUUUGGUUUGUUUAAUCCAUCCCUGGUUUACCAGCAAACACUGUUGUUUUCUUUGGUUUGUUUAAUCCAUCCCUGGUUUACCAGCAAACACUGUUGUUUUCUUUGGUUUGUUUAUUCCAUCCCUGGUUUACCAGCAAACACUGUUGUUUUCUUUGGUUUGUUUAAUCCAUCCCUGGUUUACCAGCAAACACCUAUGUUUUCUUUGGUUUGUUUAUUCCAUCCCUGGUUUACCAGCAAACACCUAUGUUUUCUUUGGUUUGUUUAUUCCAUCCCUGGUUUACCAGCAAACACCUAUGUUUUCUUUGGUUUGUUUAUUCCAUCCCUGGUUUACCAGCAAAUACUGUUGUUUUCUUUGGUUUGUUUAUUCCAUCCCUGGUUUACCAGCAAACACUGUUGUUUUCUUUGGUUUGUUUAAUCCAUCCCUGGUUUACCAGCAAACACCUAUGUUUUCUUUGGUUUGUUUAUUCCAUCCCUGGUUUACCAGCAAACACUGUUGUUUUCUUUGGUUUGUUUAUUCCAUCCCUGGUUUACCAGCAAACACUGUUGUUUUCUUUGGUUUGUUUAUUCCAUCCCUGGUUUACCAGCAAACACUGUUGUUUUCUUUGGGUUGUUUAUUCCAGCAAGUGAAACAUUUUGUCUGAACAGUAUGUGACUUUUUAUUUAAUUGAUCUAUUCUUGCAUCAUGUUUAUUCAAAACAAACACACAGAUACAUAUACAGUACACACAUGUAUGAAUACAUAAUUUUUUUCAAAAAUGUAUCUUCUUUUUAACAACUUUACUACUGACAGCCGCACAGGAAAUUAGUGCCAUAAAGACUUGUAUGAGAGACAAACAUUAUAUUUAUUUUAACUUUGAUAAUUAUUAUUAUUAUUCUAAAGUAUUGGUGUUCUUUGCUGAACUACAGUAUUGCAUAAUCUCAGUAUUUGCAUUUUAUGAUCAACUUUCUUUGUUUCUGAGCUCUCUAAGGUAAAACAUGUUUUUGUUAUUGUUUUGACUGUAUGACUAACCAACAUAGGGUCAAUAAAAGGGUGUGAAAAUCUCUAGUAUUUAUGCGCUUCUCUACUGCUGUAGUUGUCACAAGGAAAGCAAAUACAUAUUUUCUUACUAAAGACUUGUCUAAUGACCUCC